AAGAAAGUUUAAUCACCUAAUAUAUCAGCAUAUAUUAAAAAGGGAGUAACAACACAACAAUUGAAGUAUAGAUUUUAUUGAAAACAGUAGUGUAUACUAUACAAAAAUGGAUUUACAACAAUUAGAGGAGGAGGCGCGGCAGGCGGCUCUAAAAGAUAUCAUAAAUAUGCUGCAACGUCCUGGUCAACUAGAAAAGGUCGAGCAGUAUCGCCACCGUGUGGCCCGUAAGAAGGCCUCCGUUGAAGCUCUGCUAAAGACGGGUAUGCAAAACCAAUUGGAAGGUGUCCGCGUAGGUCUUAAACAACUAAAAACUUGUUUGGAGGAUGUUCGUGAGUUAAGGCGCAGCAUGGGUGUGGUAGAGCAACUCAUGCAAGGUGUUCCCGAAAUAUAUGACGCCUUGGAGGAUGUGCGUGAAGAAAAUACCAAACAUUCUCAAUAUGCCACAGCUGUGGAAAAUCUCAAGCAUAUCUAUAAUGUGGAGGCUAGCGUGCAGAAGACAAUGGCUCUAAUCGAGGAGGAUAAACUGCUGAAUGCACAUCAAUCGUUGGCUGACCUUGAGAAUGCUCGCGAUGAUCUUUUGUAUGAAUUACAUAAACAGCCCAAGCAGCAUGCCUCCGAUAAAAUAACACUGAAGAGGCAUUUUGAGAAAAUCGAUACUGUGUCACAGGCUUUAGAGAAGAAGUUACGUCUUAUUUUGAGUCGCACCUUGAAUACUGUGCGAAAGGAACCGAAAUUCAUUGUGACUGCUUUGCGUAUUGUGGAGCGCGAAGAAAAAAAUGAUCAGUUUGCUUUGCAGCAACAAAAGGUAACAUCAUUCUUGCCUCCAGGACGUCCCAGGCAGUGGCGCGCAAUGGCAAUGAAUGUUUUAAAAGAGGCAGUAGUUAUUCGCAUUGAAAGUUCUAAACUGGAGGAGAGAGAAGAUAAUAAGAUGUGGCUUGUCAGAGAUUUGGAAAUACUGCGCCAGAAUAUAUUGGUGGAUUUACGUGUGGUAAAAUCGUUGUGUGUUCCUUGUUUCCCACCGCACUACAACAUAUUUGAAGAGUAUGUGAAAAUGUAUCACGAGGGCUUGUCAAAUUAUAUAGAAAAUAUAGCUCAUGGUGGUUUACAGGGUAAUGAGUAUGUCUCCUUGCUAUCAUGGGUUAUUAAUACAUACCCGGGCUACGAAUUGAUGCGGCAUCCAGACUUAGAAGUGAAUAUUCACCAGUUGGUGGGCCCCUUGCUGCAACCCAGCCACCUCAGAGCUCUAGAGGAUGAAUAUUUGGGUAACAUGCAACGUAAUUUCAAUGAAUGGAUGGCUACAACUGCCGAAAAAGAUCGAUCCGAUUGGUUUUCGGAACAAACUCCCGAUCAAGAUGACCAAUACUAUCAUAGUCCAGCUUCAGUCAUAAUUUUUGACAUGAUCAAUCAGUUGUUACAGGUCACUGAAACCAUACACAAUGACUUGACCUUUAAGGCUUUGGUCAUGAGUAUUAGACAGCUGGACAUCUUUGGACAAACCUAUAUGAAGCAUGUGGUGGAUUUAAAAGAACAUCAUUUUCGGAACCGCGACCAAAUCAAAUUCUUUACCCAUCACAUUAUUGCUAUUGUCAAUAACAGCCAACAAAUAUUGGAUUUGGCUCAACAGUUAAAACAAAAGUACUGGCCAAAUGCCCGUACUGAACAUUAUGAAGACUUUGAAAAAUUACUGCAAACUUUCCAACGUAUACGUUCCCAGGCUGGCGGUUAUUUGUUAGAAGAGGCCUUUUUGGAUCUGGAUGGUCAUUUCAAUGAUUUGUUUACACAAAAAUGGCUGACAUCUUCCAUAUCAGUUGAUACAAUAUGUAUAACAUUAGAGGACUAUUUCCAGGACUACAACCAUUUAACACCAAGCAACUUUGAAAUGGUUAUUAAUGAGGCACAAAAACAAUUGGCCAAGCGUUAUAUACGAGCCAUGUUGUCAAAACGUUUAGCCAGACCUUCUUCGGAUUGUGAAACCAUUAAAAAUAAAAUUAAUCUCGAAGCUAAACGACUGGAGAGAUUUUUUGAAAAAAUUGCUCCCAAUCUAUCGCUUAAUGAUUCACCUUUGAAACUAAUUUCCAUGCUCUCCGCUCUGCUUGUGUGCGAUGUCGAGGUUUUGCUUUUAGAUUUGCACACUCUGCUUGGCAAUUAUCCCUCACUGACCGAGGAUCAAAUUGUGCGUCUCUUUUAUAUACGCAACGAUAUUAAAUCGGCAGAGAUACGUCAAAAGGUGCAAGAUGCGAAUCAAUCCAAAAAAGCAAUGGUUACCAUAGAUAAACAGGAUUGUAUAUUUAAAGAAAUUGUAUUCAGUGAUAAAUUGUGGUAAGCUUUAAGUAGUUCAUAUUGCAAACUUUUUGCCCAAAUGGCAGUUAAAAUAUUAUAUUUAUAUAAAAAGUGUA